AUGCUGGUGGAAUUUCAACCCGACGGCAAAUUCUACCACUAUACCCUCUCCAACGAGCAGGGAAAUCAAACGAUAAACCUCGAUGGAUUUCGUGCCUUUCUAUUUGAGUAUUUUGACGUCGAGCUACCAGAGGAUCUCAUCGAACAGCUGUUCCUAUCGUUUUCGCAACCACGUGUGAAAGAGCGCAGGACAAGUGUUUUGGAAGAGGCUUUGUCAACGGUUCGAGCGAAAUUCGCCGACAAUCUGUCGAAGCUCGAAAAAUUCAAGUCUUCGUUGGAUCUGAUCGCACUUGACAGGAUACCGGAAGAAGCAGCCACGGAAGUUCAUGCGCACAACAACGUUUUGACUGAGGCUCGGAUCGCUCUCAAACCUUUGUUUUGCACGCUGUCACUCCUAGAACCAGACACACCGCAGAACAAGUUGGAUGUUGUAUUUCAAGUGUACGAUUCGGAUGCUAACGGGUACCUAGACAAACUGGAAGUUGAUGGAAUCAUCGAGCAGAUGAUGAAUGUGGCCCGGCAUCAACAGUGGGACACCAUAGAGCUCGAGCCGAUUCUCCGACAAAUGAUGGCCGACAUAGACGCCAACAACGACGGUAUUGUGUCGUUGGAGGAAUGGCGUCGAGGAGGGCUCACGAACAUUCCACUGCUCGUUCUUCUGGGCUUUGAUACGGAAAUGAAUGAAGAUGGCACUCACUCGUGGAGACUACGCCACUUCAAUAAGCCGACGCACUGCAAUGCAUGUUGUAGUCUGCUACUUGGUUGGGGAGGGAAACAAGGACUGAGUUGCUCUCGUAAGUGA